AUGGAGAUACAACAAUGCUUAUCUUUCAGCUCUUAUCUCUUUUUACCAAAUUUAGAUAUGAGUAUACAAACCAUAUUAACACCAUAAACUUAAAAUAUUACAUAAUAAUAAGAGUAAUAUAGGUAAAAAGAGAAAGAAAAUAAAACAAUAAAUAUUAAGGUCAAACUUUCAGAUUUAUUACCAAAUGAUUAAAACAUUACAUUAAAAGAAAUUUAAAAUGAUAUUCAAUAGAUUAAAAAUAGAUAUAUGAAAUAAAUUGUAAAUUGA